AUGAGGCUCGACGUCCUUUUCAUUGCUCUUGCUCUCACCGCGAGCAGCGCUCUCGCCGCUCCCACUCCCACGCCUGGGCUCGGCGACGGUCUCAAACGAUUGGCCAGCAAGGUUAGCGGAAAAUCCUCCGAGAGCAGCUUCAAAGAUGCUCCACUGUACGCGCCUGAAUACGUCCCUCAUCCACGCUAUCCAGAGUACGGCAACCAUGCACAGACGCCCAAAGAUUUCAAGGGCAGAGGCAAGAACAAGCUGUCUGACACUUCGAGCAGUGGCUCUUCUGACUACGCUACUGCGUCCAGGGAGAUGGAAUCUGCUAGGUGGACAAGCAGCCCCAGUCGUUCUCCAUCGGCGGAGCGAGGACAUGACCAGCAGCCUGUGAACUACCCUCCGCCGCCGCAGAUGCAUGGCAGCGGAGGAUACCAUUACUACCCUCCCGGUGGUGUUGCUCCUGGACAGCACUACGGUGGCUACCCUCAAGCUCCCACUCCACAGCCAUACGUUCCUAUGCAGUACUCUCGCUCGGCUCACGGCACUGGCACCUUUGACGAUCCCUACAACCCCGUUCCUGUUCGUCAGCCAACUUAUGCCAACACCGGUCUUCCUGUACGAGAGGAGGACCACUACACUUACCACCAUGAAUACCAUUGGUAA